CAAAGACAGGACGAUCUUCAACGUUGUUAGGCCUAGCUAACGCCUCAUAGCCAUCUUCGAAUGAGGAUGAGAGCGUUUUCUUCACCAAAAAUGUAGCCAUUUGGGCUUCGUUUGCGAUAUUUGCACUUGGAUCCCUCACCAGUUUCCACCAAGCUCGCCCCCAAGACCGCUAAUGGCAAUAGACUUCUAGCAAGGGAGAUUGGAACAAUGGCGCUCUUCAACGACCUAAGGAUCUCCAACGAGCCAGAACCAAACUGAUCUUCCGUACUAUGACUGCUGGCCACUUCAUGUUACUCGCUCUGCUCUUCGUGAAGAUGGACGUUGAGCCACGGCUCUGGGCCCUUGCGGGGGAUUUUCAAACGGCAUUCCUGCCGUCCUUUACAAACGAGCUCUGGAGAAGCUCCUUCCUUCUGUCUUGCCUCUUCAUCUAUCUAGCUCUGAGCUUACCGAAUUUCAUCUUCCGAUCAAUGAUUUUGAAGGAUGAUGUCAUGGCAGAUAUCACGGCUCCUUGGAAAUCAACGUGGAGACUCCGUGAUCUUGCUCGCGACAACGUAAUGCCGACAGUGCUACUCUUCGUAACCGUCAGGGUUUUCUUCUACCAAGCGCUCGGGAUCAAGCUCAAUCAAUAUUACGUCCCGGUCUUUGCACUUUCUCAGCUCGCGUUUGGUAUCAUCUAUCCAUAGGUUACGCAACUAAACAAGAAGCAGCUGUCGCUCCUGGAACCAGGAAGCCUGACAGAGGAAAUUCACGAACUCGCU